UUCAUGCAGACAGUAGACUUGCUUGAAGCUUUGAAAGAGAGAUUGAAUGAACGCUUCAAAUCACAGAAACCCAAAAAAGUUGAUGCCAAAGUGAAGGAAACGUCAAAUGAUGACAACAUUGCAAGUGACAAAAAAGACGAUGCGCGACCACAGAGACGGGUGCCGUUAGUGGUUCUGCUCUGUGUUGGCACUGCUGUCCUUGCAGUAGUCCUACAAGGAAUUAUAUACUCAACAGAUAGCAGUAUUGAUACGUCACUUCGUGAACCUACUCGAAUUCGUGAAAAAGCAUCAGUACCGUUAGCUACGGACUCAGACAAUGACCAAGUUACAUCUGUUGAACUUUUAAAGAUUGCUGACGAGGUAGGAUCUCUUUGGCAUUCAAUUGCCAUUCAUCUGGGCUUCAGUGGUGAAACGCUUAGACAAUAUGAGAAACAGUUCAACGAGCCAUCUCGUCUUCUCUUUGAGAUUCUUGACAAAUGGCGGAAACAGAAAGGCAAACAAGCAACAAAGAAUGCAGUUUUGGAAGCUUGCAGACAAGCUGGUGCUAGAGGGGCAUGUGAAAGGGUUUUUAUAAAAUGAGAAACUGACAUAUCUGUUUACAAUUGUUGUAGCUCUGUUAAUUAACUUAUGAGAGCACAAAGAAUUGGGCUGUGACCCUUAUCACAAUGCCUUGUCUCUUAGCUAACGUUGUUUUAAGAUUUGUGUACAUGUGACUGUAAAUCAAUCAUUAAGCGGUUGAUGACGCGUACA